AUGUCGCUCAUGCAAGCUCUCCAUCUCGCGAUCCAGCCGGAAAAACGGGCUUCUGCGCCCGCGCUCCCCUCGCUUAACCUGCGUCCUGAGGGUUCCGGACAACAGCUAGAUAGUCAGCGAACUUCACUUAAUGGCGACUCGCCGCCAGAAACUGGCCAGCCAAUCUUCGAGCGUGUGCCUUCGCAUGGCACCACGCAGGCCCGAAGGAUAACAGUCACGGUGCUGCUCAUUCUGGCGAACCUCGUGCAGAUGACAGUCAACUUCGCUGGAAUAGCCGGUGGCAGCACGUUGACCAAUGCAAUGGGUGUAGAGGGCACCUAUGCCUCCUGGAUUGGGGCCAGCUAUGCACUCACACAAGGGACUUUUGUCUUGAUGAGCGGUCGCUUGGGAGAUGUUUUUGGACACAGGAAACUUCUCCUGAUCGGCGGAGCAUGGCUGAGUCUGUGUGUCCUGAUUGGUGCCUUCCUCGAUAAUUUCUUCGCCUUUGUCACGAUGCGUGCCCUUGCUGGUGUUGGAGGUGCUCUCAUUAUGCCGAACGCGGUAGCCAUGAUAUCGGCCACAAACCCGCCAGGACGCGUCCGAAACUUGAGUUUAGGCUUCUUUGCAGCGUCGGCGCCAUUGGGAGGCUACUGUGGAGCGAUACUCUUGGGCGCCUUCUUAGAGAACACGGACUGGAAGUGGUUCUUCGUUUUCAUAGCGUGUCUCGCCGCGGUAACCUUCGUCGCUCUGUGGACUCUAGCUCCAUACGAACCGCCAGUCGACCGCCACGGAAAGAUAGAUUGGAUCGGCUCCGCUUUAGGCACCAGUUCCCUGAUUCUCUUUAACUUUGUUUGGAACCAGGCACCCAGUGUCGGAUGGUCCACCCCUUAUGAAAUCGCCCUCCUCCCAGUAUCAUUGAUACUCUUCGGCGGCUUCCUAGUCUGGGAAAAGAGAUUCGCAGCGCAGCCCAUCAUGCCACUUGAGAUCUUCAAAGCACCAUCCUUCCUAACGCUGCUUCUAGUCAUUCUCCUGAAUUACAUGGCAGUGGGCACACUAAUCUGGUACCAGGUGCUCUGGCUACAGGAAGUGUGGCAUUGGUCCCCACUCCACUUUGCUGUCGGGUGGACCCCUUUUGUCAUCUGUGCAACGGCUGCAGCGUCCCUUGCUGCCUGGCUGAUCCCUCGUCUAGCGGCGCAGUGGAUCCUGGCCAUUGGAACAGUCACCAUUCUAGUCUCCAAUGCCCUGAUGGCCACCGUGCCUCUGCACCAAUCAUACUGGGCUCAGAUCUUUCCGUCUGUAGUUCUCUUCUCGUUCUGUCCAGACUUUGUUUAUACCGCGGGACAGAUUAUUGCAAGUAAUUCCGUCCGUAGACACCAGCAGGGUAUCGCGGGUUCUAUUAUUGGAACACUAAAUUUGUACGGCAACAGUUUGGGACUCGGGUUUGCGUCGACCAUUGAGGUCCAAGUCGCUCGGCGCUUCCACAGCCAGAUCAUGGGAUAUCGGGCAGCACUGUACUUCGGUGUUGCCAUCAGUGCGGUGGCGUUGAUUCUCGACGUUUGUUUUGUAAGACUGGUCAAGGAUGAACGUGAGGGUUGGGAGGAAGAAGACCUCUUAGCCCUCAAUGAGGUUGAACUUCAAGGGCGUGCGGAGGCUACAGGGGCUCAAUUACCAGUUGCACCCGUCCGGUCAUAA